CUAUUUUUUUUAUGCGCAUCGCCUUUUCUUUCCUUUUUUAUGUUGUGCUCGUAAUCAAAAUAAGUGCUCUCGGUCCAUUAAGUCUUCCACUUCUCAUUUCUAGCAAAAUUUGUCCAUCUGGACCAUAUGAGCCUAAGUAUUCACCCAUGGACCACUGGCAUGCUUGAUUCUUCCGACCACAAUCCACUACAACCCUUCCAGUCAUUAUAUCCCCGAGAAAGGGUCCUCUCUCCUUUCAACAACUUGCCUCCAUGCCAAUAUAAAUACUGCCCUGAGCCUCCCCUGAUUUUUGAUUUGUCUUACCUCCCUCAGUUCUGCAUUCACUCCACUUCCUCUACUCCCACACACACCUCGACCGCCCCCUCCGAACGAACUUUUUCCCGCCAAUUCCAGUCAUAUCCAAAUAUCUCUCCAUACCAACUUCUAUUCCCCUGAAAAUGAUGUUCAAAUCCUCCAUCGUUGCAGCCGCCAUGGUUUGCUUGUCCGCCAUGACCGCCCAGGCCCACGUUGGUCUCUCCACUCCCUGCGGACGCUAUCAACCUGCUGCUGGCUGUCCUGCUCCACCACCCGGUCAAUCCAUUGACUACAACAUCAACUCGCCCAUUGGAACCCACGAUUCCAUUGACCAGCCUAUCUGCAAGCACACUGUCCCAUAUACCAAGCGCACCGUCUACAAGGCUGGUGACACUAUCCAUACCGCCUACUCUGUCGGCGCCUCCCAUGGCGGUGGACACUGUCAGUGGGCUUUGUCGUACGACAACGGCAAGACCUGGGUCGUUCUCAAGACCUUGAUCCGUGAUUGUCUCAAGGGCGUUACAUCGGGCCAGGCCUACUCUGUUCCUGUCACGAUUCCCAAGAACGCCCCCUCGGGCAAGGUCACUUUUAUGUGGCUCUGGAACAACGCCAUCGGCAACCGCGAGUUGUACUCCAACUGUGCAGAUCUCGAGAUCAAGGGUGCUGACGGUGGAUCCAUCUCCGGUCUUAAGCCCUUGAUUGCAAACUAUGGCGCCGGUAGCUUGCUCAUCCCCGAGUUCCCCAACCCCACAGACAAUGACGAGCACGCAGCCUUUGGCAAGCGCGAGGCCAUCACGGUCCAUGUCAAGGGGUCCGGAAAGUCUACCACUAAGCCCAAGACUACUAAGCCCAAGACUACUAAGCCCAAGACUACUAAGCCCAAGACCACCAAGACCAAAUAAGCUCGCCAGCCUACCUCCGCGUCUUCCCCCUACUAAAAGGCUAAAGAUGUGCAUCCAUUCAACAUUACUAUGUAGAGCUUAUUUUUAAUAGAAACAAAAAAAAAACCACAUAACCAUAUGGGUCUUGACAGUUUGAUUUGAAAAGCAAGCGAGAUGGAGAAGUAGAGAUAAAACCAGCCUCUAUUUCUCAACUCUAUAUUCCUAGAAAACGGUAUGCCUCACUAAAGGAGA